AUGGGGGUAGAAGUGGAGGAAGAAGAAAUGGAUCCUGAGAUAGAGCCUGAGACUCCUGCUACUACUAAGCCGGGACCAUUGACUAGUGCACCACCACCGAGGCACGCACAUGCCAAUGUUUCACGUGCCACUUCACACAAGACCAACUUACGUCAUAUUCAAACUAGUGUAGACUUACAUGAAAGUAUCAUAGCACUACCACUAGAUUCUCUUGAUGAGAGGCAGGUUAGUCUUGAGAGAGGGCAUAAAGAGAUGAGACAAGAGGUGAGGCGAGGAGGGCACUGCCGCUAA